UAUAGUUUCAUUCCAAAAGAAGAGCUUUUGUAACUGUCGGGUAAUUGUAAUUAUUCCCGUUAACCCAAAUGUUCUCAUGAUAGGAGGAUGAUUAAUGUCGUCAUUGCGCCCCUCCCAGAAAUGCCCCUUCCCUACCACCCCGCCACCCACCCCUUCGCUGGUCGGAAUGACCGGGAGUCUAGUUCGAGAUUUUGGCAUAGAAAGGCGCUCUCCCCCCCAAUACACCACAUAAUGCCUUCUGACAUUGCAAUCACCCUCUUGUCCCUGAGUUAAUUAUAAUUAGCAUUUUCUUUCCGUCUAGUGCGCAGCGCCUAAGAUGCAGAAGGCGGCGGCUAUUCUGCCGUCCUGGGACACGACCAAGACCCAGAGCAAGAAAGGCUUCGAUAAAGUCUGGGGGUGGGUUGAUAAGCUGGGGGCCCCCAUUAACAGGUUCUCCAAUCGCAUUGGCAGUGAAGCUUUCUGGCCCACGACGCUGGACAAGGAAAGUUACAAGGCUGCCAGGAUCCUGAGAUCGUUCUGCAAGGAUGGCUUCUACACUGAAGAAGAGGGGCCAAUGGUUGAGGCUGGCCCAAGGCAGAAACAGCGAGUCUUGAAGAAGAUUCCAGAAAAGGUCAUACAGAAUGCCGUUGGCCUCGCUAUCUUCACCACUAUGCGCACUGGCCUAUGGGUCUCCGGAGCCGGCGGUUCCGGCGUUCUGGUUGCGCGCACAGAGGAUGGAUCGUGGUCUCCUCCCUCGGGCAUCAUGCUGCACACGGCCGGGCUAGGAUUCCUUGUCGGCGUGGACAUCUACGAUUGCGUCCUUGUUAUCAACGAUCGCAAGGCUCUCGGGGCGUUCACCAAGAUCCGAGCUACGCUGGGCGGCGAGAUUAGCGCAGUCGCCGGUCCUGUCGGGGCUGGGGGGGUUCUCGAGAACGAUGGCAAAUGGAAGCAAAUAAACAAGCCGGUAUUCACUUACCUCAAGUCUCGAGGUUUCUACGCCGGUAUCCAGGUCGACGGAACCAUCAUCAUCGAACGUACCGACGAAAACGCACGAUUCUAUCGACAGACGAUAGGCGUGGCGGAUAUUUUGGCUGGAAAAAUCCGGCACCCGCCACCUGAGCUCAAGAUGCUGAUGGAGACAUUGAAGGCUGCAGAAGGCCGCACUGAUGUUGAUGCGAAGCUAAUGGGUGAGCUGGACGGACAGCCCACGCCGGGAGAUGUCGAUGUCGAUGCCCCUAGUGAUAGCAAGAUAUUCGGAAUCCCAGAGUCCGACGACUUAGAUCCAUUUGGUGUGCAUGCUCUGGAAAGAGAAGGACUCGAAAUCCGCGAGGCUGCAACUCGCUCGAGGCCCUCAAGCCAGCAAUUCGAAUAUAAUCCGAGCCCUACAAGUCCGAUUUAUAACAUAUUCCACCGCAGGAGUAUGUCUGGAACGAGGAGCAAUUGGGAGAACAUCCCAGCAGCACAUGCGCCGCCACCGAAGGGACCGCCGCCACCGCUGCCACCCAGGAACAUCACUCAGCCUAUAAUAAUGGCUGAGUCUGAGAAAGAUGGCUUAACUGAAGCCGAAAGGAAGGAUAGUGAGGAAAUAUCCUCUACUGUCUUGCCGUCAGAGUCGAACGUUGAGAAGGCGGAUGAGACGAGGGGCAAGAUUAGCGACGCAGCAUCUGAGCCAACAGAUGCGAAGCAGGAUGAGAGGGGGGACAGGAUUAACGACUCAGCAUCCGAGCCAACGAAUGUUAAGGCGGAUGAGAGGAGGGACGAGAUUAGCGACGCAGCAUCCGAGCCAACAGAUGCGAGGCCGGAUGAGAAGAGGGACAAGAUUAACGACGCAGAAUCCGAGCCAACAGAUGCGAAGAGAAUUGACAAGGAAACCGACGACGUGCUCGUAUCCAACGGCUCUUCUGACUACGCUACUGGCUCCAACUCUCCUUCUCCUAAGCUUACAGCUUGGGAUGAAGAAGCUGACAAAUUCCACAGCGUACCAGGCAGUCCCAACAAGCUUGAGUAACGAUAUCAUGUAUGCUUAUAAUUGCGCCUCUUAGAGAGAUCAUUUAUUGAGAUUCAAACGUCUUUACCAAAGUUAAAACUAGAACAGCAGCAUUUAGAAUUUUCCAGGGAUAAUAGCCACAAGGGUCGGUCC